AUGUCCUUCCACGUCCAACCAACGCCAGGCGGGAUCGGCCCCCGCAAACCCAACGGUACCAUGGUCGACAUCACCCUCACCAUCCGCUACCACGGCCUCAAAUCCACCCAAUACUUCACCAAAUUCACGGAUAAGAGUAUGGGUGUCCUGAGGGGCGACUUGUCCGGUCUGAAGAUCCCACAUCCCAAAGCGGAGAAUGUGACGCUGGUUAGCCAUGGUGUGGUUGAGAUGACUUGGUUUGGGGUUGAGCAGUUUGGUAUCUUGCAUACGAAUUUAUACCUCAAGCUUCGCCCGCACGAUCACGAUCUGCAGCAGGCUCUCAAGCAGACUCUGAGUGAUCUGUCCAUCCCAGCAGGCUCGUCCGAGAACACCGCACCCUCCGUAUCCGUUCCUCGCGGCAAAAAACGUGCACACCCCUCCGGGUCUUCUUCCAAGGAAUAUCAUUCCAAUAAUGCCUCCUCGCAUAAAGAGCGAGAGCGAGACUUCAAAGACCGAGACAGGGAUACGAAAGACUUCAAAGAUUACAACCACAGACUGGAGAACGGCGAACCUCCAACAAAGCGCAGAGCGUCAGGCCCAGGUCCGGGCUCACUCUCGUUUCACCACCCCGAUCCUUCGUCUUCUUCUUCUGCUCACCACCCGUCAUCCUCGUAUCACCACCACCCCUCCUCAAAUCCAGCCUCCCAGCACCCCAAAAUGACAGGAUCCAACACGAUUCCGGUGGCACCACGCGCCUUCCUCCGCGCUGCUGCCAACAACAGGCAGGACGGCGGUUACGAUGCUUACGACGCCGCUGAGAGUAGUCGGAGUCCGACCAAGAUGAGUCUGAGCGAGCGGCUUGCUGAUGCUGGUACCGGUACCGGACUCGGACUGGGUCCAGGUCUAGGAGCGCGGCUUGCUGAUCCCAAUGAUAGUAUCAGUGGUGGUGCGACAACGCGGCACCUUGAAGUGGCGGCUGUGGAUUUUAUCAAGGAUGCCAUUCAGGGUGCUGCUGCUCCUGCUCCUGCUUUUGGUGCUACUCAUACUGGGAGUGGGAAUAGUGUGUCUACGUUUAGGCCUGCCUCUGCGUCCAAUGUAAAUGCGCAAACGAAGGCUGGCUCUUCGGCGACUGCGAAAGGGAGUAGUGCUACGGCGAAUGCGAACGCGAAGGAAUCGAGAGCUAAAGCCAAGGCGAAGGCGAAGGUGAAGCCUAGUGCGGGGACGGGGACGGGGAUGGUACGACCGAAAGAGGAGCCUGGGUCUCCUGUUUUGCCACCCGCUCCCGCUCCCCCUGCUGGUGCUGCCACGGCCCCUCCUGCUGGUGCUGCUCCUCAUACGGCUUCGCAACCUCAUCGUCAUAAUACUUCGCAACCCAAUAAACAGCAGAGGGUGUCGAGGUUCGGUCCUGCCUCCUCCUCUGCUGGUACUUCUUCCAAUGCUAUCCCUUUGAAUGCCGGAGGUGUGAGGGACGUCGAGAUGACCCCUCCCCCACCGCCAGGCUCGGUAUCGGGUACGAACGCGAUUCGCGUUCAGAAUCCUAGGAUGGGCGUGAGUGCGGGUGCGAGAGUGAAAGUGGAGGAGGUGGAUGAUGGGGUUGGGUUGUCUGGGCUUGGGAUUGGUGGUCAUCGGGUUGUUGGUUAUGGGUAUGGUACUUCUGCGUACAGCGCGCAGGUUUAUCCGCCGUCUAACGUCCAUCCUUACCCACCACCGUCCAGUACACAGACGUACCAACCUUCUAGCGCCCAAGCCUACCCACAUUCGAGUACCACCCAAGCAUACUACCAACCGCCGAACAGCACCACACACGCAGAACCACUCCCCCCAGCGUACAGUCCUACAGGUGUUGACUCUCACCACCACGGAGGUGACGAUGAGGAUGAGCGUGAUCGUAAAGCUGGAAUACUAGGAGCCGGAACUCACGGAGUAGGCUCGAUGGGAACUCACGGAGUAGUGGGGCCGAUGGGCUAUCCCCCAGGGCAUCCUACUGCGUAUCCCGCCCCAGGUGGUAUUCCCCCAUCUGCGUCUGCGUGCUAUCCGCCGAGUGUGGUACCAGUUGCACCAGGCUCCGCGUCGGUGCCGGUGCCGGUGUCUGCGUACGGACAACCCGCCACGCACGCUAGUCCGGGUACGUUGGUGGCGCCUCCUAUAGCGAGCACAACAGCGUCUUUCCAAACUGCAGCUCAAGCACCAACUCCACUUCCUGCAGUGCCCCAGCCAAUGGGCCUGGCGUCGACGAUUGGAAACGUAACGCUGACGCAGGUUGAGAUACAGACUUUGUCUGGGGAGUUGGAUCGGUUGAGGAGGGAGCUUGAGAGGGUUGAGGCUGCUGGACAGCAUACUGGGCAGCAGCAUAGUGGGAGCGCUCAGGGAGGAGGAGGAGGAGGGUCUGGUGUGGUUGUUAAUGGAGGUGUAGGUGCUGUUCCUCGACUCGGGGAACGUGAGGAGUAUAAAUGGGUCCCUCCUCCUGCUGAGAGGAGUGACAAAGGCGGGGCUCACGACAGAGAUAGAGCUCAUGAUAGAGGUACUAGAGACCUCUCACGCGACAGAGGCCGUUCUUACGACGAAAGAGAUCGAGACAGGGGUCUCUCCCGAGGUGGAGACGGAGAUCGAGAUCGAGAUCGUUCUUCGCGGGACGUCGACUGGGAACGCAAGUGGGAUCAGGAUUGGAGAAGUCGGGACUCGAAAGAUCAGAGGAGUAGAGAUUCGAACGAGAAGGAGAGGGAGAGAGAGAAGGGGAGGGAGAGGGAGAGGGCGUAUUCCGGUUCGCGGGAACGAGGUUACGCUACCACUUCUACUCGUGAACGCGAGUGGGAUAGGGAUAAAAGCAAGCACUUCGACCACGACUGGGAUAAAUCGCGGGAACGCGAUCCUGAACGCGGACGAGACACUCGCGAGUGGGAUAAACACAGAACCCAAGACCCGCACUCCCCCUCCCGCCCGCCGCCGCACUCGCACUCGAAACCACACCCGAUGUGGCUGCUCGACCAGAAACACCUGCGGGAGCUGGACGAGAUGCGGGAGCGGUACAAGAAGGAUAUUGAGGGGAUUAAGGAGGGGCAUAACAGGGAGAUGGAGGAGUUGAGGAGGGAGGUUGAGGAGUUGAGGGGUAGUAGAUCUGGGUCGCCCAGUAAACGCGAGAGGCGAGAACGAGAGCGAGAUUGGGAGCAUCGUGAAAGAGACCGAGGCGCAGAUAGAGAUACUAGGGACGAGCUCCGUCAGCAAGUCUCCGACCUCCGCUCCGCCCUCGACGCAUCCCAGAAACACUGCCGGGACCUCCAGAGUGCACUAGACGCCGCCGAACGCGAGCGCGAGGAUGCGCGGAGGGAGCUAGCUGCGUCGCACGAGAACCUCGCUCGGACAGUCCAAUCACUCGAGUACGAGAAACGCAGGGGUGUGGAGCUCGAGAGCGCGUUAGAGGACCUCUCUAAACGCUCAGAGAAGGAUAAACGGACCAUCUCGGACCUCUCCACGCGCGUCUCGGAUCUCACCACGCGUAUCGCGGAUCUCACCAAACGCGCUGAGAACGACCAGCGAGCGAUGGAGGAACUGGUGAAAAGCGCGGAGGGGGAGAAGAGGGCGCUUGGGUAUGAGAGAUCGAAGAAUAGGGAUUUGGAGGGGAUUUUGGAGGUGGAGAAGAGGAUGAGGAGGGAGUUUCAGAGCGGGUUGGAGGAGGAGAAGAGGGUGCGGGUGGGGGUUGAGGGUGUGCUUGGGGAUACUAGGCGGGAGCUGGAAGUUGCUCUUAGAGAGCUGGAGGGUGUCCGUAGAGAAUUGGAAGACCUUAAGAGGGAUCCCGCAUCGCUCUACAAUCAAAACACCACCACCACGCAAGACCUCCAAGCCAAGAUCAGAGAAUUAGAAAGCGCGCUGGACGCCGAGCGGAGGGAGAAGAGGCAGCUUGAAGACCUUGUGCGGGAUUUGGAGAGGGAGAGGAGGGAGCCGUUUGUGGUUCCGCAGAUGGUGGAUGCGUUUAGGGAGAUUGCGAGGCUGAGUGGGUUGGCGAUGCAGGUUGGUGGUGGUGGCGGCGUUGGUACGGGAGCAGCAGCAGGAGGAGGAGGAGGAGGAGGAGGAGGGGGUGUGAUGGAUCAGAGUCAGGGUGUUAGUGUUGGAGUUGGGGCGUAG